CUGCCACUAUUGUGGAACACAACACCCGUGUCAGGUGACAGGGGAGAGUGUUGCAUCGGUUUGGGCGGAUUAUAACAUGGCUGCCCCCAUGGCAUAAAAUGCUGCUUUAAUUCAUUUGUAUCUGUCAGCCUUCUCGUAGCAGAAAAGUGUUUUACCGUUCAGACCAGACCAGACCAAACCAAACCAAGACAAGACAAGACAAACAAUGAAGACAUUCUGUGGUCGAGCUAACCCAACCACGGGGGGCUUGGGCUGGGUGGAAGAAAGCGAGGAAUAUGAUUAUCACCAGGAAAUCGCACGGUCGUCUUAUGCAGAUAUGCUGCAUGACAAGGACAGGAAUGAGAAGUAUUUCCUGGGUAUCCGCGCUGCAGUGCGCAGGGUGAAGUCUCGCGGGCAGCAGGCGGUGGUUCUGGAUAUCGGUACAGGGACAGGCCUGCUGUCAAUGAUGGCAGUCAGCGCUGGAGCAGAUUACUGCUAUGCAGUGGAGGUGUUCAAACCGAUGGCCGAUGCUGCCGUCAGAAUAGUGGAGAAGAACGGCUUCAGUGACAAAAUCAAAAUCAUCAACAAGCACUCCACCGAGGUGACUGUGGGGCCAGAGGGUGACAUGCAGAGCCGCGCCAACAUCCUGGUCACAGAGCUGUUUGACACAGAGCUGAUUGGAGAGGGGGCACUGCCCAGCUACGAGCAUGCUCACAAGAAUCUUGUUCAGACGGGCUGUGAGGCAGUACCCCACAGAGCCACAGUGUAUGCCCAGCUGGUGGAGUCGGAGCGGCUGUGGAGCUGGGCCAGGCUGCUCCCGCUGCGGGUUGGGGGGCGCGAGGUCGUGCCGAACCCAGAGGAGACGAGCUGUGCAGGGGCUCCCAUCGUCUGCGACAUCCAGCUCAGCCAGAUCCCUCCCACACACUUCCACCCGCUCAGUGAGGUUCUCCCCAUGUACAGGGUGGAUUUCAGCCGACCCGUUAGCAGCUCUCCAGAACGCCUCACUGCCAGCUUUCCUGCUCUCGCAUCAGGGUCUGCUCAGGUGGUCCUGUCCUGGUGGGACAUGGACAUGGACCCCGAGGGAACCAUCAUCUGCUCCAUGGCACCAAGCUGGACUCUCCCCAACCCAGAGAACUUUCCGUGGCGUGAUCACUGGAUGCAGUGUGUGUAUUUCCUCCCUGUGGAAAUGCAAGUGACUGAGGGAGAGAUGGUGUGUCUGACUCUGUGCCAUGAUGACUACAGCCUCUGGUACAACAUCCAGCCAGACAGCCAGGAGGGUGGCGACAGUGAGUCCCUGAUAUCCCGCCCCCUCUGCACCUGCCAGGCUCACAUGGUGUGGACCCGACCGCGAUUCGGAGAGCUCAACGACCCCAAGAGGACGGACCGAUACGUCGAAGCACUGAAGACCAUUGUGCGGCCGGACAGCGUGUGUCUGAGUGUCAGUGACGGGAGCCUGCUGCCUAUCUUCGCACACAUCCUCGGAGCUCACAAGGUUUACACAUUGGAAAACUCAAGAAUGUCAAAGAAAGUGAUGGAGCGGGUUCUUGCUGCCAAUGACCUGACCGGUAUAAUUCAGGUUCUGGAAAGCCAUCCUCAACAGCUGACCUCGAACAGCCUCGGCGACGAGCAGGUAUCCGUGUUGAUCGGAGAGCCCCACUUCACCACCAGCCUCCUGCCCUGGCACAGCCUGUACUUCUGGUAUUCUCGCACUGUGCUGGCUGGGCAACUCCGCGAUGAUGUCACCAUCCUGCCACAAUCUGCAUCACUCUGCAUGGCACCCAUGGAGUUUAAGGAUCUGUGGCGGAUCAGGGCUCCCUGUGGUUCCUGUGAAGGGUUUGAUGUCAGUGUCAUGGAUGAGAUGAUCCAGAGCUCGCUGGAUUUCAGUGAGUCACGCGAGGCCGAGCCCCACCCCCUCUGGGAGUACCCCUGUCGGGCACUCUCCGAACCACGAGAGGUCAUGACCUUUGACUUCCGCCAGAGAGUCCCAGAGGAGGCGCUGAAGAGUGAGGGAUCUGUGACACUGUCCCGGAAGGGGCGGUGUCAUGGGGUGGCGCUUUGGAUGGAUUAUCACCUGACUGAUGAUAUCUCAGUGAGCACAGGACUGACACAGCCACCCAACCAACAGGGCGACUGUGAAUGGAGUCCCCACCGCAAGCAGGCAGUAUAUUUCUUUAGUUCCCCCUGGGAGAGUGCAGGAGACAACGCUUCAUCCAUCACAUACUCGCUCACUUUUCAGCCAGCAACAGGCGACAUCAUUAUGGAGUUUAUACCUGGACCGAGCAGGCAUGCAACAUCGGCCUAAUAUUUUAACAAAGACAUUUUAGCAGUUGUGUAUUAAAUAAAUUAACUGUCCUGAAUUUUGUAAUCAUUCACCUUUAAUCAUUAUUAAUUGUAUACAAACUGAUACCACAUACAUACUGAUUGACUUGUUUUUUUUAUCUGCUAUUCUACAUAAAACCAGGGAAGUAUUUUGGUUAAACUAAACUCUCAUAUCAUUAUUACUAGUUGUAUAAUUUUCUUUAAAAUGGUCUGAUACCAAGUAACUUGAAUACUUUUAAUUCAGACUCCUGUCCAAACUUUAAUAGCAGUUUCCAAGUUGAAGACACAUUGCCUAUGAAUGACUUGUGGUACAUACCUGCAAAACAUAAAUUGCCAGAGAAUACAGUCAGAUUCACUCAAUGAAGGAUAGUUUUGGGAAGAUCCCCCAAUGAAGAGCUAAUGAAACCUAGGCUCAGUGGUUUUGUGUUAAAUGCAAUGCCGUGUCCUCUCGGUUACGGGUGGAAUGAAAGCUCCUUCUUGUGUUCUUGGGGCUAGAUUGACUGCUUUGACAGUCGGCUAGUGCACAGAAUGGUGGAGCGUUCUUGAGGGGUUUUGUGUAUUUUCAUAUGGAUACAUCUAUGCAUCGUUGAGCUGGUUCUCCUGCAGCAGGAUCUUCUCUCCUGGUUUGAAGGCAGGCAUUCCCAUGUAGGGACAGCUGGCACAGCGGAAGGCAUCCCCGAGGUAGCACUGCCAGCGAAAGAGAGAGAGAGGCAGAGGGAGUAAGGUAUAGUCUUGACAGCCACCACACUUUAAAACAACUUAGAUUUACUAUUACUGGAAACUGGGAUGAACAUUUUCAUCCUAGCUGGUCCUGUAUCUCUCCAUUUUUUUUUUUUUUUUUUUUUUUUUUUUUUUAAUAGAACAAACUGGAUUUAGACCAGUCACAACAACCCAGGAAAUAUUAAUUAGGAUGUUAGUGUAAAUAUUUCAAUAUGUAGCUAAAGCUGUAUAUUCAUCAAAGGUGCAUUUAGAAUGAAUAGGGGAGUUUGCUACAUAUAAUAGGUAAGAUGAACCUUUCUUACAAUUUAUUUCCAGAAACUGGUUGAAAAAACAGUUCUCUUUCCAGUUCUGUAAUGACAGACACUGGUGAAAGAAAAAUGCUUGAUAGGUUUUAAAAAAGAGUUUAACCAACAAAUAAUUUACAGUCCUUUGUGUUAUUAUAUUUAUUAUCCCUGUGUUGUAUUAAACAUAUUUUCUCUAC